AUGGAUGCGGGAAUGUCCAUGUUAUUUAUAUCGGCAUUGCCCAUGGCGCCGGCACCAGAUACUUUCGUCCAAAGUCGUCAAGACUUUCAAGAUUCACACGCAAGUUCGAGACAUCAUGCUAACUUCAAAAACCGUCGCCAAAAGUCACUUCAAGGUGAUUCAAUCCCACCCGGUCUCGAUGUUCAGCCAUAUUUAGAAGACAUUCGACCAGUUGUACAGAAUUGUCAACGUAGGACAUCGGCUGCAGAGGAGUUUCUCGUGGAUGUGUUAAUGAAUAAGAAAUCGCAAGAUGAGACCAAGGCAAGUCGUUUAAAGUCGGAAGGCUGCUUAUUCAAGUCUUUCUGGAACAAACUUGUGAUUUGGAUUAGGGAAAGGUUUUUGGCUUCUACAUCCAAGUCUAAAUCAACCUCACGCCAGCGCUCUCCGAAACCCAAUCGUUGCCUUGCCACAUAUAAAGGAGGAGAUGGGAUAGAUGUGAUAGGUACCAGCUUGGCCUCCCAAGAUCAAGCCUUAACACCUAUAGCCACUAGCCACGAUUCUGCAGUGAAUAAUCGGGUAGCUGCGGUUGAUAUUUCCGUUCUUCAUUCACAAGGACCCGCCUCUAUUUGCCCCCCACCAUCCGUGGAGUCACUCCACAACCAACCCCCCACGAACAAUACAUCUUCAAAACCUCCCACACAGAUUCAUCGUGCUUUCCGCAACGCAAACAUCAUGAGUCCCGAGAACGAGCGGAAAAUUGAUAAGGUGAUGGAGAGACUCACUGGAAUCAAUUGUCGCCAUGGUCUGGGUAUACAGGAUGAGAUGGAUAUGGUUUCGAGCUCGAGUUAUGGAUAUGGGUUUUAUUGGACUUGCUGUAAUCAUAUUUGUGCCAAGGCGAGGGUUAUGGGUCGUUUGGGGGGGGGGGUUAUGGAGGUUGCUGUUAAGGGGCCUGUGAGUUUUAUUUCUCUCUGUUCCGGUGGUGUGGUUUCAUACAUUUUUAUGUCGUUACUUGGAACACUAUGCAGGAGAAAGAAUUCGCUGUCAAAUGAAAAGUGUGGAGAGUGUGGACAUCCGGUCUGUGUGGUCUGUGAAAAGGUUGCUGAGUGCGCAAAGGCAAAUGGGAAGGGGAAUGGCAGAGUACAGGCAACUGUUUAA